AUGGCCACCCCGCAGGACCAGUCAGCCACGAAGGCGACCUCUAGCACACCGAUCGCGAAGAUGAGGUACUCUGAUCAUGUUCAGUCUCAAAUCAUCGCCGUUCACGUCACCAAUGAUUCGACCACGAAGACUUUCCACCUUCCAUCUACCAUGCUACACCAGUCAUCGGCUUACUUCCGUGGCUGCCUAUCAAAUUCGUUCGCUGAAGCUCUGAGCCACGAAGUCACACUCCCCGAGACCGACGCUUCGACCUUCGCUCUAUUUGUCGACUGGCUCGCCCAACCUACACCCACAAUGUCCUCCUUGACAUCGUCUCAGUGCAUCGACCUUUGGCUGCUGGCCGACCGUCUGCUCUGCGACCGACUCGGACAUGACUGCCUCGGUCGGUUGCGGAGUCUCCAUACCAUCACGCCUGGAACCACAUUUGGGCCGGACUUUCGAGUUCCCGAGGAGGCCAAGGCUGAAUUACUGUUGCACAUCACGCAGAGUGGACAGACAGCUAGCUCUUCUCUACGAAGGUGGUACAUCGAGCUGGUGGCUAAGGCGAUGCAAGUUCCUACGAAGGGGCAGCUUUUGAUGAAAGCCCAGGCUUGGUCGCAGUUGGAGAAGGAUGUGCUUAAUGAGGUGUUGUUGGCGAUCGUGCGGCAACAUGGUGCAACUGGACAGCGCACGAGGCCUGAAGAAGAUGGACGCCACGCAGCUCCCAGCCAGAACCCUCAUGAUGACAAAGUCAAGCUGCUCGUGAGGACCCUUCGUGUUUCUGCUGACCGAGCGACCGCGCUCCUCAGAAACAAUGACAACGACAUAGACCGCGCGAUAUACGCUCACCAUGGUAUACCGGCCCCUCGGACGCGUUGA